CAAAGUUAUGUUAGCAAGAAAUCAUUCAAUUUUGCGAUCUGAGAACAUUUAUUUUUAAAUUCAAAUAGCUUAUUAAGAGCUAUGGGUUGUGCAGAAAGCAAGACUGAACGUCCAAAAUAUCGUGUGUGUACAGAUGUAUUUUGGUUAAUAUUGUUUGGAAUAUUUUGGCUCUUGUUGAUCGUCAUAGCCAUAUUUUCAUUUGUUUAUGGUAAUCCACUUCGUCUCAUAAAUGGAUAUGACUCAUUCGGAAAUACCUGUGGAGUUAAAUCUAAUGAUAAAUAUUCCGAUUUUCCACUAUCAGGCAGAAACACUCUUGAGGAACCCAAUUUAUUUUUCUUGGAUGUUAAAGAGCUGCGACAGACAAUAAAAAUUUGCGUUAAGGAAUGCCCCAAUAGGCAGAUCAAUAACAGAGAUGAGCUUUAUAGAUAUUAUGUUGACACUAAGUCUCAGCUAUGCCGUUACGAUUUUAAUAUGAGCUUGUUAUUGGAACGUGAAAAUCCUUCAAUGAAAUAUUUCAAUUUAUUAGGACCAUGUCCACCAUUUCCAGUUUACGAAAGUACUCCAGUACUUCACAGAUGUUUACCAACGGGAAAAAAUGCUCCAAAAGAAAUGAUAAAAAAUGCUUAUAAACUCCUCAAUAACUGGGAUAUUGCACAACAAUUUCUUAGUGAUUUGUACAAAACUUGGCCAAUAAUGGCAUUGUUGGCUUCUUUCGCACUUUUACUUUCCAUCAUAUUAGUAGCAUUUAUGCAUUGGCUUACAAAAAUAGUUUCUUGGUUAAUAUGCAUUUUUGUUGUGAUCGCCAGCAUAGCAUUUACGGUUGUUUUAUGGUGGGCAUAUUAUAGCAUGAAGCAAAAAAAGGAUUUGAGUGUAAAGUAUUCAAUGUUGGAAGAAUUUCUUAGAAAUGAAACAGCUAUCUAUGUUUUGGCUAUUAUUGCCACUAUAAUAAUGAUACUUUUAAUUAUCAUUGUGUAUUAUUUAAAAUCAAAACUUUCUGGUAUGGCGGCUCUUUUUGAGGAAGCGGGAAAAUGCAUGCUGUCGUUACCAGGCCUAGCUAUAGCUCCAACAAUAGCCUUUUUAUUUUUAACAAUAUUUUUAGCAUUUUGGGUGUUCGUAGUUGUUUGCAUUGUGACUGCAAAUUAUCCCGGCAUGACACCAUUAAUUCCAUUAACUAGUGCUGGAAAAGUAGGUAUUCCUUCAAACAAUACGGCCCUAACAGGAUCUACAGAAAAAGUAAAUUCAGAUAGUGAUUAUAAAACUCUUCUUAAAGUUGAAUAUAAAGACGCAUCUUGGAUUAAAAGUAUGCUUUGGAUCUAUUUUAUUGGCCUAAUUUGGCAUACAGAAUUCAUUUUUGCAUGCCAACAAUUUGCUCUUGCUGGUGCUGUUGCUUAUUGGUAUUUCAAAAAGCCAACUGAUUCUCCCUCCACAUAUGCUAUUGGAAAAUUGCUGAAAUACCAUUUGGGAUCGGUUGCCAAAGGAUCUUUUGUUAUUACUAUUUUUAAAAUUCCUCGUCUAAUUUUGACUUAUUUGUAUACCAAAUUGAAAAAGUCUGAAGAUAAGGGAUCCCAAUGCGCUAAAUGCUGUUUAACUUGUUGUAUCUGCGGAUUUUGGCUGCUUGAGAAAUUUAUAAGAUUUUUAAAUCAUAACGCGUAUACGGUAAUCGCUAUCGAAUCAAUUAACUUUUGUCCGGCUGCUGGAAUUGCGUGGAAUGCAAUGGCUACAAAUGCACUUCAAGUUGCUACAAUUAACAGCAUUGGGGACUUUAUCCUAUUUUUGGGAAAAGUUAUGGUGGCAACAAUAUGUGGCUUAGUUAGUGUACUUAUUUUAAAAGACCGAGAGGAUAUACAUUUUUAUGUUGCACCUGUUGUUUUCAUUACAAUUUUUGGAUUUUUUAUAGCCCAUGUAGUGUUGUCAUUAUUUGAAGUUGUAGUAGAUACUUUAUUUUUAUGCGUAUGUGAAGACAAAACUAUCAAUGGUAAUGCUGGACGAUGGAAACAGAGUAAUUUAGCUAAGCUUGUUGGAGAAGAGCCGAAUGAUGAUAUUGAAGGACCAAUUCAAGCGGUUGAAAUGACACCCAUUAAUAAACAACCUUUUCAUAAUAUUAUGGCGUAAAAUUUAAGUAUUAUUUUAAUUUAUUCUUCCAAGAAGGAAUUCAGCGAUAUUUUUAAGUGUUGUAUUCUUUUACAUUAAGUUCUUUUGCCACUUUCAAUAAUACAUGUUCAUUAUUAUAAGGCACUCUUUAUAUCGCAUAAUUAAUAGUCGUAUAAUUGUGUAAAAAGUUUGCAACUUGUUAUUACAUAAUGUUUUCUUUAUAUGAAAGAAUUAUCUUUAUUAAUUUAUAUAGAUCUACGUUAUGUAAAAUAUUACCUAUGGCUAAAAGAAAAAUUGAAAUUAAAAUUACGUCCACCGUAUCCAAAUUUUGUAUAACUUUACAACACAGUCUUCGUUAUCUUCUUAAGUCAAUACGUUCUUGGCUUUUUAAAUAAUUUUUCGUUUAUCUAAAAAUUUAAAACCCGUUAUAAUAUUCAAGUGUAUUACAUAUGAAAUUUUUUCUGAAUUUUUGAAAAUUUAAAAUUAGUAGAUACUGUAUUUAAAA